AUGUGGCGGGACCGAACGAACCUCUUCAUUUCCUACCGCCAGUCCUACUCGCAUCACCCUCCCAAGAAGACGCGCUAUGGUGGACCAGCCUCCAAUGGCUUUGGCGAUGGCAGACGCAUGUCCGAGGAGCGCCAGGGACUCAUGUCUGGCGGUGCAUACGACGAGGAUGGCGAUGCGGUGAUAGAGAUGGACCUGCUGCCUCCGCGAUGGCUAGACGUGCAGGACGAGAUCACCGAGCACCUCGCAGACAUUGCAAAGCAGACGCGCAAGCUCGACCACCUGCACCAGAAGCACGUGCUGCCUGGCUUCGACGACGAAGACGUGAAGAAGCGGGAGGAGCGCGAGAUCGAGCAGCUCACGCAGGCCAUUACAAGGAGCUUCCAGAAGUGCCAGCAGGCCAUCAAGCGGAUAGAAAUGAUGGUGCGCGAAGCAAAGCAGCAGGGCAACAUCAACCAGGGCGAGGAAGUCAUGGCGCAGAACCUCAAGAUCUCACUGGCCACACGCGUCGGUGAAGUGAGCGCAAUGUUCCGCAAGAAGCAGUCUGCAUACUUGAAGAAACUCCGCGACCUCGGUGGUUUCGCCUCGCCCUUCCGCACUGCAACGCCUGUUCAGAACCCCUACAACGACCCUGCCAUGCAAGAAUCCGACGCCGACCGUUCCUACUCGCAAUCGACCCUCCUCCAGACAAAACAACAGCGAAUGCGCCACGACCCCAACGAAGCCCUCAUCGCCCAGCGCGAGCGCGAGAUCGAAGACAUCGCCCAAGGCAUCAUAGAGCUCGCAAACAUCUUUCAGGAGCUACAAACCAUGGUCAUCGACCAGGGCAGCAUGCUAGACCGCAUAGACUACAAUGUAGAGAACAUGUCGCGAGACGUCAAGGAGGCAGACAAAGAGCUCAAGGUAGCGUCCGGUUACCAGCAAAAGUCUGUCAAGAGGAAGAUCAUGCUGCUGCUUGCUAUUCUCAUUGCUGGUGUGUUUAUCCUGUUGUCGUUGAAGUUGAGUCGGAAGGGUGGAAGUGAUGCGCCGGUCCCGGUUCCAAUCGUCCCUGAGGACCCGCCCAUUCGAACGAGAAGGCAGUCGGUGUCGUUACGAACAAGUCGUAACUGGCAUCGUCGGAAACGGCGGAUAUGGCAGGAGGUUGCAAAUGACCCCUCAGUAUUCUGA